UUUACUUUUAGUUUCAGUUUCCGAUGCGUGGGAGCCUCGCUGUGGUUCUUGAAUGCAACAUGGAUACGCAGUCAGCGGCUUGAACUUUGGACCAACUCACGCCGCUCCGAUUGACUGGGUAAACACAGCCCGAUCUGCCGGUGAUUCAAUCUUAAAAGAAUGAACUUGGUCUGGUGAUAGCCAGACUACCGCUCCGAGGCUGGACAGAAGAGAAUUGGGAACAACAUGGCCGGACCUCCAGUUGUUAUAUGGGAGCAGGAAGUGGCGGCUCUGUUGCAUUACAGAGAGCUGGUCCCCCGUCUGGAGGAAGCUUUGGGCAAAUUCUCCAGACGAGACAGCAGAGAGGUGAUCCAGCCUGUUCGCACCACGCUGACCCUGCAGAAACACCACGGCUUCCUGGGAUUGAUGCCUACAUACAUGGAGAACGAUGGAGUCCUGUGCACAAAGUGUGUGUGUUUCUACAAAAGGGAGGAUGGUUCCUCUUUGCCAGCUGUGCAGGCCACACUGGUGCUGCUGGACCCAGAGUAUGGGAACGUGAAGGCUGUCAUGGAUGGAGAGCUCAUCACAGGCAUGAGGACAGCUGCAGUCUCUGCCAUCUCUGCUAAGCUGCUGAUGCGUCCCGAAGCAGAGGUGUUGGCCAUCUUGGGUACUGGCAAACAGGCCUUGAGUCAUUACAAUGCCUUCACAGAAAUGUUUUCAUUUAAAGAGGUGCGUGUGUGGAGCCGCACAAGACAGAAAGCGGAGAGCUUUUGCCGCUCCGUCAGCGGUCCGGUGACGGUGUGUGUCUCAGUGCAGGAGGCAGUGAGGGGAGCAGACGCCAUAGUGACAGUAACCAGCUGUACAGAGCCAGUGCUCUUUGGUCAGUGGGUCAAACCAGGAGCCCACGUGGCAGCGGUGGGGGCUUGCAGGCCAGACUGGCGGGAGCUGGACGACGUGUUGAUGAAGGAGGCGGUGGUGUACGCUGACAGCAGGGAGGGAGCAAUGGCCGAGUCCGGUGACGUCAUCCUCUCUGGGGCGGAGGUGUUUGCAGAGCUUGGAGAAGUUAUUAAUGGGACAAAAACUGCCCACAGAGAGAAGACAACAGUGUUCAAAUCCCUUGGAAUGGGAGUCGAAGAUGCAGUGUCUGCUCAGCUGGUAUUUGAUCAAUGGAAAGCAAUAACCAGCCAACCGUGAAGUAAAGUCAGUCCCUAGCACUAUAAUAUUCACUGCAUAAAUCCAUGGUUUUAUUAUUGUGCUUAAACUUAAGCAAUUCCAGAUCUACACACAUAUUCUCUAACUCCUCUAUCUGGUGUGCUAAAGUAUUCACCCCCCCCGUGUCAAUACUUUGUAGAACCACCUUUGUCUGCAAUUACAGCUGCAAGUCUUUUGGGGUAUGUCUCUACCAGCUUUGCACAUCUAGAGACUGACAUUUUUGUCCAUUCGGCUUUGCAAAAUAGCUCAAGCUCAGUCAGACUGGAUGGAAAGCAUCUGUGAACAGCAGUUUAAGUCUUGCCAGAGAUUCUCAAUUGGAUUUAGGUCUGGACUUUGACUGGGCCAUUCUAACAUGAAUAUGCUUUGAUCUGGGGCGACCUCUAGCUCACCCAAUUAAGAGCGUGCACCCCAUGUAGGCUGAGUCCUAUGCAGCAGGCCGGGUUCGAAUCCGACCUGUGGCCCUUUGCUGCGUGUCAUCCCCUCUCUUUCUCUCCCCCUUUCCUGUCUAUCCACUGUCACUUAAAAAGGGAAAAAAAAAACCAAAAGAAUAUUUCAUCUUCCCAUAAACUCUGAUCACAUGAUGGUGUGUUCAGGGUGAUGUGCAGUGUUAAGUUUUCUGCCACACAUAGCGUUUUGCAUUUAGGCCAAAAACUUCAAUUUUGGUCUCCUCUGACCAGAGCACCUUCCUCCACGUUUGCAGUGUCCCCCACAUCGCUUGUGGCAAAUUGCAAACGGGACUUCUUAUGGCUUUGUUUCAACAUUGGCUUUCUUCUUGCCACUCUUCCAUAAAAGGCCCGAUUUGUGUGUAAUAGUUGUCCUGUGGACAGACUCUCCCACCUGAGCUGUGGAUCUGUGCAGCUCCUCCAGAGUUACCAUGGGCCUCUUGGCUGCUUCUCUGAUCAGUGUUCUCCAUGCCCGGCCUGUCAGUUUAGGUGGACGGCCAUGUCUUGGUAGGUUUGCAGUUGUGCCAUACUCUUUCCAUUUUGGGAUGAUGGAUUGAACAGUUCUCUGUGAAAUGUUCAAAGCUUGGGAUAUUUUUUUUAUAACCUAACCCUGCUUAAAACUUCUCGACAACUUUAUCCCUGACCUGUCUGGUAUGUUCCUUGGGCUUCAAGAUCCUGUUUUUUCACUCUAACAAACCUCUGGGUCCUCUACAGAACAGCCGUAUUUAUACUGAGAUUAGAUUACACACAGGUGGACUCUAUUUACUAAUUAGGUGACUUCUGAAGGCAAUUGGUUGCACUGGAUUUUAUUCGAGGGUAUCUGAGUAAAGGGGGCGGAAUACUUUUGCACGCCACACUUUUCUGUUUAUUUGAAAACCAUGUAUAAUUUUCUUCCACUUCACAAUUAUGCACUACUUUGUGUUAGUCUAUCACAUAAAAUUCCAAUGAAAUACAUUUACGUUUGUGGUUUUAACGUGACAAAAUGUGGAAAAGUUGGGGUAUGACUACUUUUGCAAGCCUCUGUAUGUUGCCCUGAGUGAUGCUAGAGGAUGACAUUACCAUCCUAAGAGAGGUGUCACUAGCAUGGCUAAACAUGCCAGGCAUUUUGUGGUUACAGUUUCUCAAAAGCGAUGAUUUGCUCCUUUUCUGUUUUUAUAAUUGUAAAUCAAUUUUCUUUGAAUUUUAGACUUUAAGAGACAUGUCAUUGGGCUCUGGAAAUUGUGGACAAUUUUCUCUAAUUAAAACUAAAUUAAAUAAAAAAA